AUGAAUAUAUUGAAAUUUGAAGACAAUAGUGCAAUGGCUGGCCAGUUUCUGUUCUAUACGAUACUAUUAAUGUCUGAUCAAAGCCAAGAAGAAACAUCCCCGGAAGAUAGAUUCGACCUCACCCGUUCGAACUUCCGACCAGCAAUCUCGACAGUGGCUGACAUAAUCCAGGAACUACUGGACAGAGCGAGAGCUAAUGUAUUUAUGGCUAGACGGCUAGCUAGACCAUUUUCCACACGGGAAAACCGAACUGUGACUUGGCAGCUGUUAAGUAGAUUACGGAUGCGGAAUCGUGGCACCCGAAGUCCAGAGGCGUUGAACCGAUCAUUGGUUGAAAUUCCCGAAAGCGAAUCAUCCUCACCAGAUGAGUCAAUUCCGGAAAAGCCUGAUCAGUCCCAAGCGCAACAGCAAACUAACAGGAGUCAACAUCAGGAUCACUACUCACCGCCCAACAGUUCAGCGGGUCCGUCAUCCUCACAUAUGAUGAUGCCGAAUCAACCGCAGCGUUUCACGACACCAGUGAAUCGCAACUCACCGCCGAUGCCCACACCAUCCGACCGUUCAGCGGGUCCGUCGUCCUCAGUGAUGGCGUUCCGGAAUCAACCAGAUUGUUUCACGACACCAGUGAAUCGCAACUCACCGCCGAUGCCCACACCAUCCGACCGUUCAGCGGGUCCGUCGUCCUCAGUGAUGGCGAUGCGGAAUCAACCGCGGCGUUUCACUAUACCAGUGAAUCGCAACUCACCGCCGAUGCCCACACCAUCCAACCGUUCAGCGGGUCCGUCAGCAUCACAGAUGAUGAUGCCGAAUCAACCGCGGCGUUUCGCGACACCGGUACUCACACCGUCCAAUAGUUCAGCGGGUCCGCCUGCAUCACAGAUGAUGAUGCCGAAUCAACCACGGCGUUUCGCGACAGCAGCGGAUCUCAACUCACCAUCGGUGCCCUCAACGUCCAACCGUUCAGCGAGUCCGUCAUCUUCAACGAUGGCGAUGCACAAUCAACCGCGGCGUUACCCGACAGCAGCGGAUCGUUUAGCCAAGCUGUAUCUUAGCCGUGGAAAUCGAUCCGAAGCCCAACAAGAGGUCUCCGCCUCGCCGCCUGGGGCUGUAAGUUUACGGUUGGAAGUGGAUCAACCGCAACGUUAUCCGACAGCAGCGGAUCGUUUAGCUAAGCUGUAUCUUAGCCGUGGAAAUCGAUCCGAAGCCCAACAAGAGGUCUCCGCCUCGCCGCCUAGGGCUGUGAGUUUACGUUUGGUAGUGGAUGAGGUGGAGUUGCAACAGCGGCGCAACAACGGCGGCGAAGUUACAGGCCACGAGGAGGAAAUGGCUGAUGGGGAACCGCCAGAGAACAACGGCGCGCUGUAA